ACCAUUUUUGUCAUUUUCAAACAAUACCGCCACCAGGAAAUGUUGGAUACUUGGAUAGUUCAAUAGAGUGAGGAGGGCUACCAACUUAUGCCCCCAUUGACUGAAGCCUCUUCCAUAGCAGCACUUCUCCUCAAUAAGUGCACCUCCACAACCUCAGUUUGCAAAGCACGCCAACUCCAUGCCCUUAUCCUCACUUCCAUACCUGCCACCUCAAAAUCUCCUUAUGUAUUCAACAACAUUCUCUCCAUGUAUGCCCGAUGUAGGUCUAUCCAAGACUCACAUAACCUGUUUGACAAAAUGCCUGACAGAAACAUCGUCUCUUUCAACGCCCUCAUUUCCGCCUAUUCUCGACACCACCACCUUGCCCAUUGGGGUUUCCAUUUAUUUGCUGAAUUGCAAAGUGAGAGCCUAAGACCUAAUGGGUUGACUUUUACUAGCCUUUUACAUGCCUGUUCAGGCAUCAAGAAUCGGGUAUUAGGUUCUAUGAUUCAUUCCCAAUGUAUAAAGUUUGGAUUUUUGUACGAUGUAUGCGUUCAAACGUCUCUUCUUGGGAUGUAUUCAAAUUGUGGAGUCUUGGAUUGUGCAGAGAAAGUUUUUUGCUCUAUGCAUGAUAAAGAUUGUGUGGCUUGGAAUACUUUAUUUUUCGGAUAUUUGGAAAAUGGUAAGACCAUGGAAGGGCUUCAGCUGUUUGGCACCAUGUUGAGGACCGGAGUUGUUCCUACGAACUUCACUUAUACAACUUUGUUGAGUGCUUGUAGCAGGAUAAGAGACCAUCUUGCUGGGGAAUUAACUCACUCUAAAGUAAUUGUUUCGGGGACUGCACUAGAUUUGCCCCUUUACAAUGCCCUGUUGGACAUGUACUCUACUUGUGGUGAUAAUGUAACAGCUUUGAAAAUCUUCAGAAAAAUCAAGAAGCCAGAUUUGGUUUCUUGGAAUUCAAUGAUAUCGGGGUAUGCAAACAAUGGAGAUGGAGAGAUGGCAGUGAAUAUGUUUCUCCAAUUCCGAAAGUCUUCUGUUCUCACUGCUGACGAAUAUACAUUUGCAGCUGUUAUUUCUGCUAUAGGAGCAUUUGCAGCAGCUGAUUAUGGGAAACCACUCCACGGUCAAGUUGAGAAGGUGGGGUUCGGCCAAAGUGUAUACAUUGCAAGCACACUAAUGUCAAUGUACCUUUGCAAUGGGGAAGUUGAGUCUGCUCAAAAGAUUUUCAUUAGCGUCCCAGAUAAAGAUGUUGUCCUUUGGACUGAGAUGAUUGCUGGACAUUGUAGGAUUGGUAAUGCUGCGAACUCUAUAAGGUUUUUCCAUGGAAUGUUAAGGGAAGGCCACAAAGCUGAUGAAUUUACUCUUACCAGUGCCUUAAGUGUGUGCGCUGAAGUGGCAACUAUGAGGCAAGGUGAGAUGAUACAUUCCCUGGUUGUCAAAACUGGUUAUAUUGCUGAGAUGACCGUUUGCGGGAGUCUGGUUGAUAUGUAUGCUAAAAUUGGAAACCUUGGAGCAGCAGAGUUUACGUUUUCCAAUGUAACCAUGCCUAAUCUAAAAUGCUGGAACUCGAUGCUUGGAGCAUAUGGUUACCACGGGAAGGCAGAAGAGGCAUUUAGUGUUUUCAAUGAUAUAUUACAACAUGGCCUAAAACCAGAUCAUGUGACAUUUAUCUCUCUGCUUGCGGCAUGUAGCCAUGGUGGUUUGGUCGAUCACGGUAUGUUCCUCUGGAAUUACAUGAAAGAAAAUGGUUUAGAACCAAGCAUGAAGCAUUAUUCUUGCAUGAUCACUUUGUUGAGUCGAGCUGGAUUGCUAGAGGAGGCUGAGAAUUUUAUAAUGGAAUCACCUUUGGGGGAUGAAUGUCUUCAACUAUGGAAAAUCUUACUGAGCUCCUGUGUAAGUAAAGGAAACCGCAUAAUAGGAAUGCGUGCUGCUGAGCUGGUCUUGGGAAUGGCUGCAGAAGACAGUGCAACAAAUGUACUGCUUUCGAAUUUUUUUGCUUCAACUGAUAAGUGGGGUGGUGUUUCAGAAAUUAGGAGAAAGAUAAGGGGAUUUAAGUUGGAAAAAGAUCCUGGUUUAAGCUGGUUAGAGGUUAUGAACAGUACACAUGUGUUCUCUUCUAGUGAUUAUUCACAUCCACAAUCUGAUGAAAUAAGAGCUGAGUUGCAUAGAUUACAAGGAAACUUGACACAGUCAGAAGCAGAUCAAUUCAUGCUAGACGCAGAGGCUGUAGAAGUAGGAUGUGGCCUCCAUUUGUUAGAAUCAGAAUGACAGCUCAUUAAAAACUUUUAUAGGCCAUGGAGCUUAAGAUUCAGCCAAUUUCGUCUCCAACUUGAUUCCUAGAAUAUCUCUUCGUCUAACAGCUCGUUAGCAACAACAUACCCAGUAUAAUCCCACAAGUGAGGAUCUAACAGAUCGUAAGCAUUUGUUUCAAAUGGUAAUAAGAUAUUUGAAACAAAGUAGGUUUUGUUACUUUUAUUAACAAAUACUAAAUUGAUGUGUAUUUACUACUUAAUACAGAAUAGUGUUGAAUAUAUGUAAAAGAAGGAAUAAUGAAUUAAUGUAAUAACAAAAGUUUUCUUGUA